AUGGAGCUUCCUCAAAAGCCAGUGAUUGUUCGACAAGUCUUUCGAGAUGAAUUGGAAUAUGAAUUUAGAUUAAUUCAAAGUGUGAUUCUUGAGUAUCCUUUAGUUUCAAUCGACACUGAAUAUCCUAAUACUAUUUUCAAAGCAGAUAAAGAAAUCAUUGCAUUAAGAGACGAGCAUAUCAAUUAUCAGUACAUGAAAUCCAAUAUUGAUAUUUUGGAUAUGACUCAGCUAGGUUUAACUUUUUCGGACUAUGAAGGUAAUCUGCCAGACUUCGAUACGCCGUUUUGUUACAUAUGGGAGUUCAACUUUAAGGGUUUCAGAAAGAAUAAAAAGAAGGGUAUUGAUUCCAGAGAUUUUGCCACGAUGUUCUGGAAUUUGGGGUUGUUCAAUUAUUUCAGAGGUUUAACGUGGAUGGCCUUUCAUGGUUCUUAUGACUUUGGAUUUCUAGUUAAGGUUUUAAUUCAACAAUCGCUACCGAAUGAUCUUGAUUCUUUUAUGGGACUAUUAGUCUCUCUUCUUGGUGACAAAAUAUUUGAUGUCAAACAUAAUUUGAAGUGUUUCGGCUUGUUGGGUAGUUUGGAUAAAGUUGCGAGAGAGUUAAAUGUGGUUCGUCUAACUGGGUUGAGCCAUCAAGCAGGAUCUGAUUCUUUACUCACCCUUCAAUGUUUCACGGAGUUGAGAAAAUUGAAUGCUUUUGAAGGGUUUCAAGUGCUUGCACUCGCAUUGUAUGGGCUUCAGUUGUAG